AAGCAACACUACAUGCAAGUGAAAAAAAAAAAAGUUGAGCAUAAAUUUGUAAUGAUGAUUAUAUUAUUAUUCCUGUAGGAGCAGUAAUAUACAUCUUUUAGAAAACGUUAACAUGGGUAUUUGCUUGUUGGUUCUUUUAAUAUCCGAGAAUCUUGUGGGCAAAAAGUCAUACACACAUUUAUUUUUGUUUUUCUUGAUGAUUUUGAAAAGUUAUCCAAUCAAAUGUGAGACGAAAUAAACACACCCCCUUUUAUUUAUUUCUUUCUAGACAUUUUCUUUUGUGAGUUUUGGUUUUUGACUUGAUUUGGUUUAGGAAAACAGUAGUUUAUAAACUGACACUUUGUUUUUUUGAAAAAAAGAAAGAAAAUGGUGAUUUUGUUUGAAUUUUAAUGAAAGCAUUGAUUUAAUGAUUUCCUAUUCUGAUUUACUUAUUGGGAUUUAUUUUUUAUUUUUAUUUUGUUGUUUCGGUACGUGAGGCAGUCAAAGAGAAGAUUUUUAUUAGAGAUAGGGAAAAAAAGAUGUCCUUUCAGGUUUUCGGGAGAGAUUAUUUCUUUAAUAUUACCAUCUAGGGUUUCUUAACUUUACUCUCUCUUUGGUUUAUGUUGUUUUCGAUUCUCUUCCACUGCUGGGUUUUUUUACUCUUCUAAUUCCUCAAUUUUGUUCAUUUGGGUUGCUUGAUUUCUUGUUUUUCUCAUCCGAGUCAUUGAGUUUUCUUCAAUUUGGAGUGUUUUUAGGUCUGGUCUUGAGCGCUUCGCACCAAAGUUUGGCUUUUGGUGAUGUGUGUUAAGGUGGGAUCCAUAGAUUUUUAGCAAAAUUUAGGUUUUUGUUAUUUGAUUUGAUUGUGUAGAAGUUUUCUAGGUUAAAGGAAGCAUUGGUGUAAUUGCUCCUGCUACUGGGGAAAGUGAGUUAGUUGUCAAUUUUUUCAAACAUAUAUUGAGGGAUCUUGGCAUGUAUGCAUGAUGUUUCAUGCUCAAGGUCCUUUAAGGAAUCAUUGUACUCUCCUUGCUGUUCUUUGUGGUAAAAGUGGUGAUAAUAAGCAGAAGCAACCUCUCUCUGAUGAUAAACCUAGAUUUCCUUUUCCGGAACUUGCUUCAGCUGGGCGGCUGGAGGUUCAGGUACUGACUAAUCCGAGCACUGAUGAGUUCCAGCGUGUGCUUCAUUCAUUGGAGCCCAGUAUCGUGUAUUUUCAAGGUGAGCAGAUUGAAGAUAGUGAAGAAAUUGGACCUUUAAGAUGGGGAGAUAUUGACUUGUCCACCCCAGAAUCCUUAUGUGGACUAUUUGGUUCCACAUUGCCUCCCACGGUUUAUUUAGAGAUCCCCAAUGGUGAAAAGUUGGCAGAGGCACUUCACUCCAAGGGAGUUCCAUAUGUUAUAUAUUGGAAAAGCAUGUUUUCAUGUUAUGCUGUUUCUCACUUUCGUCAAGCAUUGUUGUCAGUGGUUCAAAGUUCUUGCAGCCAUACAUGUGAUGCUUUCCAACUCGCUUAUGCAUCUUUUAGGCUCUACUGUGGACGAAACAACAAUACCCUAGCUUCCAAUGGCCAGAAAGUUGGUGGUAAACCUGGACCACAGUUACUCGGUGAUCCACCAAAGUUUGAUAUUACUCUGCCCGAGGCAGAUGAUCAGGGUGAAGAAAGCUCUUCUGGGGCUCUUCCUGCUAUAAAAAUAUAUGAUGAUGAUGUGACCAUGAGGUUUCUUGUUUGUGGACUUUCAUGCACAUUGGAUGCAUGUUUGUUGGAAUCAUUGGAGGAUGGGCUUAAUGCUCUCUUGAACAUCGAAAUUCGUGGGAGUAAACUUCAUAACCGGACAAGUGCUCCUCCACCUCCUCUUCAGGCAGGGACAUUUUCUCGUGGUGUGGUGACAAUGCGAUGUGAUUUAUCAACCUGCAGUUCCGCUCACAUAUCACUUUUAGUGUCUGGCAGUGCACAAACUUGUUUUAAUGAUCAGCUUUUGGAGAAUCAUAUUAAAAAUGAGCUUAUUGAGAACAGUCAGCUAGUCCAUGCAUUGACUAGCUUUGAGGAAAGCAAAUCACCUUCAUCUGAGCCACGAAAGUCUGCUUCCAUAGCCUGUGGGGCAAGUGUUUUUGAAGUUUCCAUGAAGGUUCCUACAUGGGCAUCACAGGUUUUGCGGCAGCUGGCCCCAGAUGUAUCCUACCGCAGCUUAGUAAUGCUAGGAAUUGCCAGCAUUCAAGGACUAUCAGUUGCUUCUUUUGAAAAAGAUGAUGCUGAUCGCCUCCUUUUCUUCUGUUCAGAGCAGGGCAAAGAGUCCCAUCCACUCAACACUUUUCUCACUAGGCCUCCUACCUGGUUGAUUCCUCCUGCACCUUGUCGAAAAAGAUCCGAGCCAACCCGAGAAACUAAACCCUUAACUUCUGGUCGUGGAGGUGAAAAUGGAGGAAAUGUUAAACACAAGUUUCAUGUCGCUGCAAUGAGACCAAUUCCCCACACUCAUCGUCAUAAAAUGCUACCAUUUUCUGGAUUUUUUGAUGCUGAAAGAUAUGAUGGAGAACAAGCAAAGCCUAGCUUGCCACCUCCGCCACCAAAGCAUAGUGUUGUCGGACCUGCUCCUGUCACACAUCGAAAAUCAUUGUCAAGCUCUUAUCAGGCGCAGCAGAUUAUUUCUCUAAAUCCACUGCCUUUGAAGAAACAUGGAUGUGGUAGAUCUCCAAUACAAGUUUGCUCUGAGGAGGAAUUCUUGAGGGAUGUAAUGCAGUUUUUGAUUCUUCGUGGUCAUUCUCGUCUAGUUCCUCAAGGUGGACUGGCAGAGUUUCCUGAUGCCAUUCUUAAUGCAAAACGCCUUGACCUUUUUAACUUGUAUAGAGAGGUGGUUUCAAGAGGAGGUUUUCAUGUUGGGAAUGGCAUCAACUGGAAAGGACAAGUAUUCUCAAAGAUGCGCAAUCAUACUUUGACUAAUAGAAUGACUGGUGUUGGCAAUACACUAAAAAGGCACUAUGAAACUUACCUUUUGGAAUAUGAAUUGGCCCAUGACGAUGUAGAUGGAGAAUGCUGCCUGUUGUGUCACAGUAGCGCAGCUGGUGAUUGGGUUAACUGUGGAAUAUGUGGCGAGUGGGCUCACUUUGGCUGUGACAGGAGGCAGGGACUUGGUGCCUUUAAGGACUAUGCUAAAACAGACGGGCUGGAGUAUAUUUGCCCCAACUGCAGCAUUGCAAAUUUCAAGAAAAAAUCACAGAAAACUACAAAUGGAUAUUAGCAAGCUGGUCUCAAGGGGUCCAUUUCCUUUCUUCCCCAACAUAAAUGCAUAAGAUAAAGAGUAGUAGGAAUGUAAUUAUUGUAUCGUAUCUCGCUUCAUAUAGAUUAAGCAAUUAAGAAGCCCCCCACCCGUCACGUGCUGUGGAAAGCCAAUUUCGACAUGGUAAUUGUAGAAUAUACUAUAUUUCAUGAAAUCUAAUUUAAUCAGGUAGUUUUGUCAAGUA